ACACGCUGAUUCCUAUCUAAACUGUAACAGGUGCACAGCAGCGCUCAGAAGGCGUCGCGUUCUGUUACCGAGAUAUAUUCCAUUGAUAAGGGGCCCUCGGGAGAGAGCACACGUUGAGCACGCAGCGGCGAGCAAAGCUCGAAGAGAGCUUAAACGUGACAGCAGGAAAGCUUCGGCAUUGAGAUCGCUGUCGGCCUCGGCUUCUCUGGCGCUCGCAUGCGGCUCGCAGUGCGCGACUCAAGUUUCAAUUUAUUCAAUUUACCGUUAUAGCUGCAAUUGAUGAAAGCGACGGCGACGACGACGGCGACAACAACGGCGACAGCGACAACAACAGCAGCAACAGCAGCAGCAGCAGCCACAGCUCAGCUCAGUGAGUCGCCAUCGCUGCUGCGAUGCAGCCGCGCCACAUCCGCCGCAUCAUCCUGGCUUCAUGAGCUCGCCCUCUUUUUGUUUCAUCAAUCGCUUGAACGGUGCCACCCACGAUGAACUGCAGCAGCCGGGCGAGCAUGAGCCGACAUCGGCGAUCCUCAACUAUUGCAAACGCAAGUUUCUGCGUCCGUAUGUGGCCAUACUGACACUGGUUGGUCUCAAUCCCAUCUCUACGGACAUGAGCAAUGUGCGCGCCUGCUGCAGCUAUGUCCAGGCUCUGAUGGUGCUCUGUGUGCUCCUGGCGGGCUAUGUGCUGCGCUAUCUGUGUGGCUAUCGUGGGGAUCGCGGCUUCAGUAGCUAUCGGGACAUACGACCCGGUGGUUAUGGCAAUAACAGCGAUGUUUGCGGCUCCUCCUCCGCCUCCAGCACGCCCAAUACCAUUGGUGAGCUGCUGUUUGGAUAUGUGGUGCCAAGUGCCCUGAACCUGCUGAGCUUUGUCUCCGCGGUGCUUGUGUGCAAGGUGAUCGAGCACGAGCAGCUCCAGAAUCUCAUUGAGCGUGUUUUUCUGCUCUCAGCCAAACCGAAACGCUUGUGCCGCAUGCUCUGGCUAUAUCUGGGCGUGGCGCUGACACUGCUGCUGCUGCUCUUUGGCUACGCCUGCUGCGUAGUCAUCAUGCAGCCGGCCCAGAUCAUAAAGGUAGCCUGGCUGGCCGAUGCACUGCGCGACUGGGAGCUGUGCCUGCGCAUCUGCCUGUUGUGCACCAUAUUGCUGCAGGAUUUGGUCGAGAUAAUUGUGCUGAGCAGCUACUACAUUGAAUGCUAUUUGCUGCGCGUGCAUCUGGAGACCUUGUCGCACAAGCUGCUGAUGCACUCCAUCGAUUCGCUGGACUGGAUGCGUGAGAUUCUCGAGUUUCGCAAGCUGCUGGAACGCGUCAACCAGCAUGUUUCCAUACCCGUGUGCUUUCUGAUUGUCAUGAAUCUAGCGUACGCAUUUGCUGGACUCGUUUAUCUAUUCAAGGAUUUCGAUUUCCACUAUUGCGCCUUGAAGCUGGUCCUACUGAACAUUGCCAACGUCAUGUUGUGGCUUUUUUUGGGCCUGCUGCCCUUUUUUGUGGCCGGCUCCGUGACGCGUGUCUGCCAGAAUGCCCAGGCCAACGGGCAUCAGAUACGAGUGCGUCCAUUUGUCUAUCACAAUACCUCCGCCGAGGAUCUCAAUUCAACGCUGCUGUUCGCCUCCUCGCUGGACAUGUCUGCCAAGCUCUUUCGCAUGCCCAUCCAGUCCAACUAUCUCUGCUUUGCCAUACUCGUUGUGACCAUUGUGGUGCUUACACUGGGCAUGUGCCUCAAUUUGAGUGCCCUGGGCAGGUUCUGAUACAGUGAACACUCGACAUGCAGCAGUUGACUUACAUAUGGUUACUUAUAGCUUUAAUAAAGAUUUAUGCAUAGUAUUUGGUUUAACUUACAAUUCUUUA